AUGGCAGAAGUCAAUGUUAGAGUAGCAGUAAGGGUGAGACCUUUGCUACCAAAGGAAAAGAUUGCAGGGGAGGAGAUAUGUGUAAGAGUCCUACCUAAUACAAAACAAGUGGUUGUUGGCAAGGAUAGAGCCUUCACAUUUGAUUAUGUUUUGUCUUCCAAGACAGCACAGGAGGAUGUGUACAAGUCUUGUGUAGAGUCCUUGGUGAAGUGUACUUUUGAUGGCUACAAUGCUACAGUAUUUGCUUAUGGUCAGACGGGCUCUGGUAAGACCUUCACAAUUGGAGGAGGAAAUAUCUCAUGUGAAGAAGAAUAUGGAAUUAUACCCAGAGCUCUUAAGGAAAUAUUUGACACGAUAGAGUCAAGGAGAGAAGAGCAAGUUUUUGUGGUGAAAGUUUCUUACAUUGAAAUUUACAAGGAGGAGCUGCAAGACCUGCUGGACACAGAAACAUCUUACAAAGACCUCCAUGUCCGUGAAGAUGACAAAGGCAACACAGUAAUUAUUGGAGCUCGCGAAGUGGACUGCGAAUCACUGGACGAUGUGAUGACUUUACUUGAAGCAGGGUCUGCCGUCAGACAGACUGGAUCAACACAGAUGAAUGAACAGUCAAGCCGCUCACAUUCCAUAUUUACUGUGGUCAUAGAGCAAAAGUGGACAGAAGCUGAUGUUAUGGCUGGAAAGAGAAAACCUAGUGAGAGUUCUGAGGUUGUAGAUGAAGGUAAGAGUCUUGAUAUUACUCACUGCAUGUCAGGAAAGUUCCACUUUGUGGAUCUGGCAGGAUCUGAACGUGCACACAGGACUGGCAACGUUGGGGACAGGUUCAAAGAGUCUGUACACAUCAACUCGGGUCUGCUGGCCCUGGGCAAUGUGAUAAGUGCUUUGGGAGAUCCGAAGAAGAAAUCAAGCCACAUUCCUUACCGAGAAUCAAAGAUCACCAGGCUCCUCAAGGACUCCUUAGGGGGAAAUGCACAAACCCUGAUGGUGUGCUGUAUCAGUCCUGCCACAGCAAACUUUGAUGAAUCCCUGAAUGCCCUUAAGUAUGCCAAUAGGGCACGGAACAUCAAGAACAAACCCAUUGUAAACAGAGAUGUUCAGGCUCUGAGGUUUGAGGAGAUGCAGUGUGAAAUCAAGGCCUUACGUGAGGAACUUGUACGCCAGCGAACAUCUAUACUGAGUAAUGGCGGAGCAGGAGACAUGGUUCAUGCAGAGAAGGCGAUACAGGAUGCUGCCAAUAUGAAACACUUAGAGGAUCAAGUCAGCAGAUUACAGACGGAGUGCUCCCAUUACAAGAUGGUAGCUGAUGAGGCAUACAAACAGCUGAUGGAGAUUCAGGACCGUGACAUUUUAUCUCAGAGUCAAGAUUUCCGUCUUAAGGAUUGGUUAGAUCUCAUGGAGGAGAUAAAAAAUAAAGUGCCAUCUACCCUGACAAGAGAGGAAGUAGAGAAUGAAACCAUCAAAGACUUACAGACACAGCUCUCUAAGUGUAAGGAAGACCUAAAGAGUGAUGAGGAAAUCUUUGCUGAGAAAAGUAGAGACCACACUCAGAUGAUGGACCGACUGGAGGAGUUUGAGAACAUCCUAGAGCAGCGGGAUCAGGAAUUGUUAGAUGCAGAUGAACGGAUCAAACAGCAACAACAACAGUUACUGGAACAGCAAAUGAGGAUUGAGGAACUUCAACGAGCUCUCAAGGUAAACGUCAGGCAGACUAUCUUUGUCUAUUCUCAGGACACCUUCCUCAGCGAGAGCAGUGUUCUGGAUGAUGAUGCUGUCUCAGCUAGUGCACCGCCAGCUCCUUUGUCUGGUCGAAGGCCAAAAUCUGUUCCUGCCCACAUGCAUCGGCAACCUGAUACUAUCAACUCUGGUCUGCGACCCCCUUCAAGAAACAUCAAGACAAGUCCUGCCCUGUUCACUCUUGAGCGAGUGAUGAAGAGUUUCCGGGCACGGAGUCAGCUGUUGGUGAGCCGUUUAGAGGACACUGAUGAAGUCCUACAUCCAGAUUUUGGCGAGCCACCAGAGGAGAGAACAGCCUCUGCAUCUGGAUCACGGAUCACCAGAAGAGGGACAUUCAAGGUUGGAAAGGAGAGAAAAACAGAGGAGAACAAAGAAAAUAAUUCCAGUAGUGUGAACAUUCCAGAGAUCAGACUCAGCAGGCCAGUACGGUCCAGCUUGUCUUCAUCGGCGGGAGACCUAGAAGGACAUUUCCUGAAACAGAGUGAGGAACUACGGAAAAGUACUAACACACAACGUCAGAUCAAGGAGUCGAACCUGAAGAUGAUUGAGUCACAGCAGAAGAUGAGGGAUCUCUCCAUAAACAUCAAGAUGAAGGAACAGCUGAUUAGAGAACUUGUGAAGACUGGAAAGGACUCUGAGAGCAUGAAUAAACAAUAUGCUGAAAAAAUCCGAGCUUUAGAAAAGGAAAAGGAAAAAGUGAAAAGUGACCUUUCAGAGACCCAAAAGGUUCUGGCAGAUAUUGAGGCCAAAGGUCAACAAGAGUCCUCAGAAAAACAAAGAUUGCAAUCUGAAUACAGGAAAAAAAUUGAAAGUGCUAAAGCCAGGAUAUCAACUCUACAUAAACGACAGAAAGACACUGAGAAAAUUGCCAACUUUACAAUGCAGAAUGAGAAAAAGAUCCAGGACCUGGAGCUUAAUGUUGACAGAAUGAAACAGCAACAAGAAUCUCUAAAUAAACGCCUCAAGGAAGAAACAGAAAGGAAAAGCAAACUGGAGAGAGAAAUGCAGAAAGAAGUCCAUAGAGUGAAAGAACUGCAGUUGAAAAAUGAACAGCAGCAAAAAAUUCUGAAGCGUAAAAAUGAAGAGAUAGCAGCAGCUCAAAGAAAGCUGAGGAGUGGUUCUCUUCCUCCUAUCAAUAUUGAGGAUCAUGACAAGAUUGAAGAACAGAAGCGUUGGCUUGACAAUGAGGUAGAGAAGGUGGUAGAACAGAGACGUCAGAUGGAGGCUCUCCAGGAGGAGCUGAAGAAAAGAGAGGCCAUCGUUACCAAGAAGGAGUACAUGUUGGCCGAGAAGAGUGAGUUAGAGAUGAAAAGAUUUCGAUCCAGCCAAGUUAUUAACAAGAAUAUCUUAACGGUAUCAACAAAAUUGGACUCUGUGGACAAAAAGUUGGAGGAGAAAAGUAAGGAACUGGCGCAGACACCAGAGGAACAUCGGGCACACGUUAAGGAGGAGAUCCAGAAACUGUCAGACAAUCGUGAAAAACUCAACAAACAGCGGCUUGUACUGGAGAAGAAGCUCCAAGACGGGCGGAUUCUGUCUGGCCCGGAGGAGAGAAGGAUGAUUGAACUGGACGAAGCUAUUGAUGCCCUUGAUGCGGCCAUAGAUUAUAAAAAUGAGAACAUUAACAGUCGUCAGCUGGAGAUCAGACACUCACAGAUGUUGUCCCAGAGUGAAGACAACAUGAUAAACCGUCUGAACUCCUUGUCAACAGCAGAGACAAGGACGCUCCUGUCACGCUACUUUGACAAGGUCAUUUCACUUAGAGAAAUGGAGCGCAAAAUGAGUCUCCACAACAGUGAGCAAGAGGUGAAGAUAGAUGAACAGGAAAGACUGAUCCAUGAGUUGGAGUCCUCCUUACAGCGGUCACAGGUGGACAUUGACCGGCGACUGACCAAGCAACAGAAGGAGUAUGAACAGAAGAUACAACUGCUAAUGCGACAGAUCACAGAGAUGGGUGGGGCAGGAGGUGGAUCUCAGUCAGAUAAUAUGGACUCUAAGUAUCAACAGCUUGAAAAGGAACUUUACUAUUACAAGAAAACUAGUCGAGACCUGAAGAGAAAGUUACGAGAGAUUCAUGCAUCAGGUGCUUUAGGAGACGAUCACAUGAGUUUACACGGCUCUGUCCAGAGUUCAAUGGGAGAUAUAGAUUCUCAAGUGAACCACAGUCAGUCACACAACAGAAACAUAGACAACAUUAGCCAUUCCCUGCAAGGAGAGAAGUCAAGCUCGCGUCCAAAUUCUGCUCGAUCUGUUCCGCACAUUCCUGCCAAUGCUACCCCUGUCAAAAUCUCUAGGAAGGAUUUGCGUCUGAUGUCUGAUACAGAAGUCAAACUACGGAGGUCCAAUCUUAGCCAGAGUGGCAGUUCUCAGCAACUUAGAGAUUCAGGUGGUCCAAUCAUUUUAACCACUUGCGAGAAAACAACGUUACUUGUCAAACGUUAUGCACGUUACCUGAAAAAAUUCACUGAUAUAAAGAAAUAUGCAUCACAUAUAAGAAUCAUCAUUGAAUACAUAAAUUCACUCGAUUCCAAUGCUGAUAACAAUCCAUGGAGUUGA